ACGAAGAGCAAGAUGAAAUCAUAGGCAGGGCGCGGCAGUGCUGGUGCAGUGUAAGUACGUGAUCAGUAUUGAGAUUAUCAUGAAGCGCGUUUGGGCCGUGGCCUGGCGCUCGUGACUAUGUGGCGGAACAUGACGGAUGGCGGGGACCCGGCUUUCUGGAGAGCCGGCAGGUCCUUGGCCAGCGGUUUGCGUUGUCUCCGUCGGUCCCGGAGUUUCCGCAAUUCGCAUAUGGGUGAUAAAGCUCACAAGAUGUAUUACUGCAGUGGUCUUAAAGCCUGAAAAGCUUCACGAUGCUCAUGCUGGAAGUUGCGUAUGCGGUUAAAGUGGGCUUGACCGGCGCCAUCUAGUGCAGCCGCUGCGUUUUGUAUAUAUAUAAUAACAGCACGCAAGCUGCUUGCUCCCCUUGUUUUUAUAAGGAUGUCAGCAUCCUUUGUACUCGACUGGUUUUCAUAGCGGGCGAGGCGUUGCGGUUGGCAAGCAAGCGCUGGCGCAGGACUUGCCUGAAUGGCUUUUCUAUUUGAAGAGCGCCCCUGCUCGGUGCUGCUUGUGCUCGCGCCCGCUGAGCACGGAGACUUGAGGCCCAUUUCGGACUUCCAAGCUAUUCAGGCAUUUGUGUCAGGCGUCCACGAUGCAGUAUCAAAUACGGGAGCGCUUACAGUCGCUGUCAAGCUGCUUGCAGGUGCUGAGGACCACUCGUGGGCGGCACGCCUGGAGCCUGGAACUGUGCAGCUGUUGCCGGCGGUUGCGAAACUGAGGACGGUUCGACACUUGGAGGUGGUCUAUGUGCCGGUAACAUCAUCAGCGGGGGGCGGCAUCGCUGCUGCAGCGGACGGUCGUGAGCCACCCGCUGAUGCGGUGCCCCCUGGCCUCAGCAGCGAGUCCCGCGCAGCCACACUGGCCGUCAGUGCGGAUGUGGUGGUGGCGUUCUGGCGGCCGGCAGCGCCCGCGUCGGCGGGUACUGCUGCUGCCGGCGACUGGGCGGCGCCACUGCGGCUGGUGGUGGUGCCGGCGGCAGGGGCGCCGCAGCAGCCAGGCCCACCAGGUGAGCUGACGGCGGCGGCGGUGGCGGCGGUGGCGGCGGGUGCUGCCGGCGGCUCCGUCACUGCUGUAGGGCGUGCCGCAGCACUACUGUCGGCAGGGGUGGCAGCGGGUCCAGAGGCGGCGGCGGCUCUGGGCACCACCUCGGCUGCAUCUGCCACGAAGCGGGCGUGGUCCUCACCCCUGGUAGUGGGAGGCAAGGGAGGAGACCGGGGCAGCGGCGGCGGCGGCGGCAGUAGGGGACGUUCCUGGUGGCCGCGUGCGGCAAAUCUGCGCAAUGCGGUGCUGCGCGGCGGCCCGCCUUCGCCGUCAGCAUCAGCUCAUUCCAAGCCAGUUGCAGGAGCGGCGGCAGCUACGACAGCUGCGGCCGCCACGGCGCCUGACUUGCCCCACGACAACACUCCCACACCCCACACGGCCGGCCCCGUCUGGAGCCCUGACCUGCCCUGGCUGCACCCGCACACCGCCGCAGCCCUGGCGACAGCAGUAGCUGCCAGCAGCGGUAUCAGCGGUCGCAGCGGCAGCAGCUGCUGGCCGGUGCUGCUGCGUGGCAUGCUGCUGCCCCUGCCGCACGGGCUGGGGCAGGGCGGUGACGUGGGCGGCGGGGCAGACACGGCGACGUCUGGCAGGGGUCUGCUGCUGCUGCCGCAGCUGCCGCGGGCUGUGCGGCCUGUCGCCAGUGCCGCGACUGCCGAGGCGGAGGCGGAGGCCGACCUGGAGCUAGGCGCGGCUGUGGAGCGGCUGCGGCUGCAAGGCACCUGGCUGGGGCUGUGGCUGGCAGGUCGCAUUGCCACACCGCACCAGGCGCAGUAUCACACGCAGCAGCAGAGGACGCCGCCACUGGCUCGGGGUCUCAGCAGCUUGGUGUCCGGUGCGGCGCCGGGCUGGGCCCGCACCUCCACACCCGGUGGAGGUGGCGGCGACGGCCCCGGUGGCGCUGCCGGUGCCCGCAGUGGGGGCUCCUUCUCGGCACUGCGCAGGUUGCUGCCGCAGCGCCGGAGCCGCCUGCCCUCUGAGAGCAGCAGCGCUAGCAGGGCCCCUGCGGCCGGCGGUGUUGCCUGCCCCAGCGGUGAAGGGCUCAAUGCACGGCUGGCCACGUCGUCUGCUGGCGCUGGCGGGCCCCUUCCUGCGGGCCGGUCGGGCAGUCAGCUCUCUACCCGGGAGCUGCACCAGCGUUGGCCCAGAAGCACCAGUGGGGAUUGCAGUGCAGGUGGUGGUGGAGGUGGCCGCACGUCCGCACCUGCAGCGGCGCCGGCCUGGCAGCUGCCGCGUGAGCCACUGUGGGCGCACGUGCUGGGAGCUGCCGCCAACACCCAGGGAGCCACAGCGCCGUCGUCGGCGUCCUCCGCGGCGGCUGCAGCAGCGGCAGCAGUGCCUGUGUCUGUGCCUGGGCCCUCCACCGCCCCCGCCGCGCAGGCCCGGCUAUGGCCCGGCUCCAGCCUCUUCCAGCAGCACCCCACCCUGCUGCUUGGGGCGCUGCCCGAGCUGCCCGAGAUGUCCUUCCGCACCGAGCCACUGCCCAGGCCGCUGCACCCCGGACGCCUCGGGGCGCAGCCAGGGACCCAGGCAGUGCCGGAUGAAGAGCAGGAGCCGGAGCGGCCCUGGUCCCCACUGGCCGAGGCGCUGCUGCUGCCGGGCCACACGCCCCGCCGCCGCCAACAGAGCGGCGGUGGAGGUGCACCCGCGCUAACCCCCAGGCCCAGGCGCUUUGUCACCGACAGCACCGGAGCGGAGGCGCUAGCUACCGGAGGAAGAGCAUAACCAGAACCAGCUUGAGCGGUCCAUUGCAGCUGUGGUCUCCCGGCACGGCGACGGCAGCGGCUGCAAGUGCUGCAGCGCGCAGUGAUGCCGCUACCCCGGCCGGCGCUGAUGCUGCAGCGGUGCAGGCGGCGGCGCACGUGCGGCAGCAAAUGGAGUUUGAGCUGGCGGCGCUGGCGGCAGAGGUGGAGGCAGCCACACGCGAGGUGGAGUGGUCGGAGCUGCUGGUGGGCCACAGCCCCCGCCCCCGCCCCCGCCGCGCCAGUAUGCCCAGUCGUCCGCCGCUGACGUCGCCCUCUUCAGCCGCACUUGUGGGCAGGGGCCUUGGCGGCCGCGACCCAGUUGCUCAUGCAUGGUGGGGAGUCGUGCAGUGCUGGCAGAUUUGGGUACUGCAGCACGAUGUUUUUUAAGAUCCGGCGGGGCAGGCGGCGGGGCAGGCGGCGGGGCAGGUGGAGGCGGCGGGGCCGGCAGAGGCGGGGCCCCGGGGCGCAGUGCACGUGCUGUGGCACUACCACUUCUCCGCCUUCCGCCGAAAGCGCUGGGCUGCGUUCAUCCAGCGCGACCGCGCGCUCCACCGCGUCGCCAAGCAGCUCACAGGCGGCAGGCCCAAGGAGGAGGUGGUGGUGGGGUGGGGUUCGUGGGCCUUCCAGGGAGGGAAGGGCGGCUCCCCCAUCUCCGUCAGGGGCGGGCGCGCGCCGACGGGGCGGCUCAUCAAGCUGCUCCGUGAGCGCUACGCCAAGCAUGUGUUCAUCAUCGAUGAAUACAAGACCUCCAAGACCUGCUACAACUGCGGGUGUCAGGAGAUGGCCAUCAAGCGGCUUGGGGGGCUGAAGGAGGGGCAGCGGCCCUGGUCGGUCAAAGUCUGCAACGACUGCUUGACGACCUGGAACCGCGACGUCUCCGCCGCCAACGUGAUCCGUGUGCUCCUCCUGCUGAAGCUGAUGGGCUUCGAGCGGCCGACCAAGCUGCAGCGGCCGCCAUGGCCGCCGGCGGUGGCGGGGCCGGGCUGAGAGCCUGAACGGCGCUAGCAGGGCGUGGGGCUGAGGGUGCACGUGUCGAUUGGCGGCGAGUGACGUGACUAGUUUGUUAGCUGCGGGUUAGCACGGACUGUGCACCCCACCCAACCGGCCACGUCCGGAUUUGCGGGGAUGCCAAAGGCCCCCAACAUAGAGGCGUGUGCUUAGUAGGCGCCCGCGUCAAGGUGGCUGGGUUGAUAACGACCCGGGAUCAGCCCUUUUCCUGCCAUAAGGCAGCCACCUCCUUGUUAAGAUCCGGAAC